GGCAAAAACCACCUCCCCCAACCCCCGACACCGCCCAAAACCACCUCCACCUCCAGCAUGGUUUCCUUCUUCACAAAGCCCGGAGGAGGAUUGACCCCGUCGACAAGAUUCAAUCCGAUGAACGCUGGUUGAGAAUGGAGGCUUUUCGAUUAGUUUGGUCAAGAAUUGAAUCCACUAUCACCCGUGUUCUGCGGAAUAUCAAUGCUCGUGUUUUCGAUCACAUAAAUAGCUGGGUAUGGCAUUCCUUCAAAGCUAUUCAACAGUGGUCUCCCGGCUCCCCUUUUCCUAUUCUCAGCCAAGCUACUUGUGCGCAGCUCUUCACUAGUUUCCUUCUCACCAAGAAUAUGGAGUUCGUUGAUGACAUUUCAACUUUUCACGAGCUCGGCCUCUGCCAUGUCGCCAACCUUUCCUCCUUCGACUUUUCAUCCAAAAAUGGGAUUGCUGGCUGCCUCACAAGCUUAUUGAGACAGUUUCUCAUGCCUACUUUUGAUGCAGCUGAUAUGUCCAUACUGGCCUCAUGGUACAGUCAACAAGGAAACUAUGGUUCCCCUGUGGUUGUCAUUAUAGAUGAUAUGGAACGAUAUUGUGGUGCUGUCUUAUCUGAUUUCAUUCUUAUGUUGAGCGAAUGGGUUGUGAAGAUCCCAGUCAUGUUAAUAAUGGGAGUUGCCACAAGUCUGGAUGCCCCUAGGAAUAUACUUUCUUCAAAUGUGCUACAGAAGUUGUGCCCUUGCAACUUCACACUGGGAUCACCAUCUGAGAGGAUGGAUGCAGUUGUUGAGGCUGCUCUUGUGAGGCAGUGCUCUGGUUUUGUUGUUGGUCAUAAGGUGGCUAUUUUUUUGCGGAACUACUUCUUAAAUCAGGAUGGUACAUUUACAUAUUUUGUUAGAGCACUGAAGAUAGCAUGUGUUCAACAUUUUUCCACAGAGCCUUUAAGUUUCCUGCUUGGAUGGUUGCUUGUUAGAGAAGACACUAAGGGAGUUCAGAGUGAGAAAGCAGCCAAGCUUGCUUCUGAGCUUUUAUCUUUAGCAAGGAAUCAAAUGGCUGAACAAGCUAAUGUCAAUAUAGCUCAUGGUUUGACAGAGUUGAUGAAAUUGCAGAACCUCUGGAGCACUGUCGUUCUGUGCUUAUAUGAAGGUGCGAAGUGUAACAAAACCCAAUUGCUAGACUUAGUUUGUGAGGCACUUGAUCCAGACACUUACAACUUGUUGGCUUCUGAUUGUCACACUGGAGUUGGAAAAGUUUUUGUUCACUCUUUGUGUAGUGAUCACUGUAUGCUUGAACAGAAGCUGAGCUACCAAAAGGGACAACUUAUUUGUCAAUUACUUCGCAGAGUGAGGGAUCUUCCUGCAGCAUUGCUUUGUCGGCUGCUAAAUAGUUGGAAAAAUCUUACUGUGGAUAUUCCUGAGAUUCAUGACAAGGUAAAGGAGCUGCAGUCAAUAAUAAAAUUUGACGAGGGAAGUUUUAAACCAGAUUUGACGGAUAUGUCCAGAAGGCAUACAUCUCGGAGUGCCUUAAAGAUUGGCCAAUCACAAUCCAUGAAUGCAAAAGUUGCUGUACUAAUGGAUUGCAUGGUCCGGGAUUUCAUGAAGCCGAUUGAAUGCACACCUUUUCAUGAACUUGUUUGCUAUAGAAAUGUCGAAAAUCUUCAUUCGGCGUUAAUUGGAGACUCAUGAAAAAUGAUUCAAGUGGAUCUUUUGGAGUUUCAUAAAACCCUACAAUGCAGUUGCUGCAGGAGGAGUGGCAACAUACCAUUGUCAUCCAUGCCUGAUACCUCGAUUAUGUACACCCUGGCUCAGGAGCACGGCGAUCUUAUCAAUCUUCAUGACUGGUUUCAGUCUUUUAAAACCGUUGUCAUUCGGCACAACAGAAAAGGGACAAGCAAACUGAAAAAGUCCCUUCUUAAGAAAAGAAAGGAAAGGAAUGAAUCUGAAAGCAAGAGUGAUGCAUUGAUUCACCAGAUUUUGCUGGGCAAUCACUGAACUACAGAUUACAGCUGUAAUUCGAAUGCUCAGGAAGAAACGUUGUGAUUGUGUGCAGAGAGUGGCCUUUGGGCUGUGACAAGUAAAUACAAUUUUGGUCAACCAAACUUCAAAUUAUGUGGUUGGGUUGUUCCCUCCGGUGUGUUGGAAUGGAAGGAUGGAACAACUAGUCAUGUGCUGACCAGCUUUUGCUCUAUAUUUCUGGGUUAUUACUCUACUGCUACUCCUGUGUAGAGUUAUAAUCUUUCUUUGUUUGUGUUAGGGCCUUUGUUUGGGCUUUUGAGGUACUCAUCUUUACCAUAAAAAAAUGUCAUAUACUAAUGUAAUGAAAGUAGACUCAAUGUUUUAUUUUG